CUUCCAAACGGUCAGUUGAGUUGCACUCCUUCAGCUUCCCCUUCCCGCAGCCAGGCACUCGAGACACGGAUGGCCGUGGCAAACCCUAGCAAUGCGAUACCCUGAUCAGCUUCCUCCUCCUCUCGCCUGGGUUCGUGAGUGAUCGCGCGGACAGCCAGCCGUAUAGGGGCGGGAUGGCUUCCCGGACGGAGCGGGCACGCCGCGCCAUUGACGCCAUGAAGGCCCUGGGAUUCUCCAAGAAGGAGGUCACCCCCGUCCUCAAGAGCCUCCUCAAGCUCUUUGACAACAACUGGGAGCCCAUCGAGGACGAGGGCUACCGCGCCCUGGCCGACGCCACCCUCGACGCCCGUGACCGCCCCCAGGGGCCAGAGCAUGGUAACCACCACCCGAGAAUGGUUGCGCCAGAGGAAGAUCACUACCAGCCUUCUACGUCCCUUGUCGUCCGUGGUGGCCCCUGCGACUUGUAUAGUGAGACAGAGGCACCUCGUGUCAAGAGGCCUAGAACCAACUCUAAUAAUUUCUCAGCAGAUCACUCUAUUGAUCCUCAAUUGUCCCCGUCAUCUCCUCUUACUGCACACAAGAUGGCAAGGAAGAUUGUGGAUGAAGAUUUCCAACAAGCUGUCUUCUUGAGAGAGCCUAAGCCUGAACCUGAUAUGGAUGCAGCACAGAGCUUGCUUGAUGCUCAAGUCGGCAUUGUUUCCCAUAUGUUCAACACCAGCUCCUCAGGUGCUGCAGGACCUCCAGCAUUGCAUCCACCCGAUCAAAAUCAAACAGAGACUUCAGGUAAUAAAGGCAGGCCAGUUCAGCGUUGUGGAACAAGGAGAUCAUCCACUUCCUUUGUUGAACCCGUGGACAGCAUGGGGAAACAAGCUCAAAAUCAGGAAAGAUCGUCUGACUCUGAUCACACAGCUGUGAUGCACAACACUCGGACGGGAUCUGCAGAUGAAUGUACACAUCAAGCGCGGUGCUUGCACACUGAGAUAGCAUCAUCCACUAUGGGUGAGGUCAAGAUGUCAAUAAAAUGCAACAUAGACCCAUCAAAGUUCCGCAUGCCCAGUUUAGAAGCAGUUUUCAGGAUGGUUGAGGAUAAAUGUUUUCGCUCAUACAAGAGUCUGCCACCAAAUUUUUCCAUUAGCAGCCUGAUCAAUGAGAUAUGCGAAUGUGUAGAACAAGUGGGCAAUGAUCAUACUGCAGAAUAUAAUAUACAAUCUGAUUCUUUUGACAAUGGCAGAAACUUGCAAAAGGAGCCAAUGAUGAAUGGUGCUGCACUUGUGAAACCAAUUGCUUGCAUUAGUAGGGGAGGUGGGAAAUAUAAAUCUGUAGAAGAUUCAUGGAUUUUAGAAACUUCAGAUAAUGACCAAGCAAAUUCAAUGGUUGCUCAGCAUCUGGCACCUUCUCACCUAAGUCGUACCCAUGAUGCAUCUGAUAUAUCAAGGGGAGAAGAAAAAGUAAGGAUAUCAGUGGUAAACGAAUUCGGCAGCGAUCAAUGUCCAUCUCCCUUUUAUUAUAAACAAAGAAAUCUUGUUUCCCAGAAGCCCUAUGCCAACAUCUCUGCUGCCAGAAUUGGUGACGAGGACGGUUGUGCUGACUGCUUUGGCAACUGCUUGUCUGCCCCUGUACCAUGUGCCUGUGCAAGAGAAACUGGGGGUGAAUUUGCAUAUACACCAGACGGUUUGGUUAGGGCAGCGUUCAUUGAUGAGUGUUUCUCUGUGAAUUUAUUCCCAGAAAAGCAUCGCAACUUUUUCUGUAAACCACUCAAGAGGUCCAGGAAUGAGGCUCCACCAGAGCCUUGCAGCGGCCAACUUGUUAGGAAAGUUAUCAAGGAAUGCUGGAGUAAAUGUGGUUGUAACAUGCAAUGUGGUAACCGUGUGGUUCAACGUGGUAUAACAUGCAACCUGCAGGUAUUUUUCACACAAGAAGGGAAGGGUUGGGGCCUACGCGCACUUGAUGAACUUCCAAAAGGAGCUUUUGUCUGUGAAUAUGUUGGGGAGUUGCUAACAAGUACGGAGCUACAUGAAAGAACAUCUCAAAAAGCGCACAAGGCUGGGUAUACGUACCUGGUGGACUUGGGUGCUGAUUGGGGUUCAGAGGGGGUGUUGAAGGAUGAAGAGGCUUUAUUCCUGGAUGCAACAAUUUAUGGGAAUGUUGGGAGAUUCAUCAACCACAGAUGCUAUGAUGCAAAUUUAGUUGGGAUCCCUGUGGAAGUGGAGACCCCUGGUCAUCACUAUUACCAUCUUGCACUUUUCACAAGCAAGAAGGUGGAGGCAUUUGAGGAGCUCACAUGGGAUUAUGGUAUUGAUUUUGAUGAUGAUAAGCAUCCUGGCGGAGCAUUUCAAUGCCUGUGCGGGAGCAGAUACUGCCGCGGCAGGAAGCGUCACAGGAACCGAGGAAAAGCUGCUGUGAGAGUGAGACGAAGGGGUUGAUCAGCUGCUGCAUAGCUGUUUAGGUUGGCGAGCAUAUUAGCCAGUUGAAGCAUAGCAAGCUGGAAUUUUGUGUUACCAUAGUUGAUGGUGGAAGAAUGUUUUAGGCUUGUGCGCGCGACUCAGAUAAAGCUGUUUAGGGGUGUGCUGGAAUGUUCGAUCCACCAUUUAGCCGAAUGAAACGGCUAAAUUUAAAUUUUGCCCGGGGUUUGGUUUUCACACCACA